AUGCAUUUCAAAAUUUCUUUUCUGGCAAUCCUCAUCUCCUUCCUCGCCCUCGCCAAUGCAGUUACCCUGCACCAAUAUAGCCGGCCCCGCUGCGGCGGCAGACACGCUGUCUGUCGCAACAUCGGCCCCAGGGUUUGCUGUCAGGCCACUAAUCGCGUGUUCGCCUCAGGCGGCUGCACCGGCUGCACAUCCACCGAUUUCCACAUAACCUGGAACAAAGUUGGGCAGAAUUACUGCGGAAGAUCCGCAGCUUCUACCAACGGAGGUCGUUGUAUCUCUGGCGGCUCAAACCUUCGAGGACACUCUUGGUGCCGGCUCUGCCGCACUAUUACUCGCAGGGGGGAAGAUGAAGAUGCCACUUGUACUUCGACUGUUGAGCCAGACGCUCUUGAGAUUGGGAACAAGUGGUUUUCUGUCAAUGAAACAGUUUCUGGAGAUAGCAGGAACGCUCUGUGGGCGCUGUGGGACAGCGAGGCAGCUGAUGAUAGUGUCCCGCAGAAUCUGUUGAGAUAUGAGAUUGAGGCGGUGGCGGAUGAUGAGAUUGAUGCGCAGGUGACUGAGGGUAAUGCGGAUGAGGAGCCAGGACAACCGGAGGUAGAACUCCCGGGUGAGGUUCCUGACGGAGCCGAGGAGGGUGCAGAGUAA